UUAAAGAAAUCAAUGCUCCAACUAUUACCCCACCUCUCAAUCAGCCCAAAAGAUCAAAAAAGCGCCAUGCAAAUUUAACGUUGGAUAAAAUGAUGGAAAAAUUCCUGCAGCAGAGCGUGGAUACAGAAGAGAAAUUUUACAGAUAUGAAGAGCAAAGGCUCAAAAUUGAGGACAAGCGUCGGGAAGCUGAGCAUGCUCGAGAGCUUCAGAUGUUACAGAUGUUGGGACAGAUGUUGGCAGGAAUUUCCUCCACGGUAUCACAAAGGUCACAAUCUAUACCAGCGAGUCCACCUCAGAGAGCGAACCAUCGUUCGUAUGGGGAUAACUUUAAUUAUAAUGCUAUGACAGCAGCACUUUCUCCACCGAUAGUUAUAGAGAGAUCUUUCUCACUGCACAGAACACACUCUCUAAAGGAUAUGGAGAAUAUUUUUCAACUGGUGCGCAAUGUUAUCCCUCCUCUAACAGGGAAAAGGCAUAAAGGUCAAGAUGGACGUAUAGGCAUUGUUGGAGGAUGUCAAGAAUACACUGGAGCACCGUAUUUUGCUGCAAUUACAGCUCUCAAAGUGGGUGCAGAUUUAUCCCAUGUGUUUUGUACCAAAGAUGCAGCAACAGUAAUCAAAUCAUAUAGUCCAGAGCUGAUUGUUCAUCCAGUUCUUGAUAGUCCCAAUGCUGUCCAUGAGGUGGAAAAAUGGUUACCACGACUGCACUCAGUUGUCAUAGGACCUGGCUUAGGUAGAGAUGAAGUUCUUCUUGAGAACACUAAGGGUAUUAUAGAAAAAUCGAAAGUGAAAGGAAUUCCUAUCAUUAUUGAUGCUGACGGACUGUGGCUCAUUUCCCAACAGCCUUCUCUUAUUCAAGGCUACCAGCGAGCUAUUCUUACUCCAAACUACAUGGAGUUUAGUAGACUUUAUGAAGCCAUGUACUCGUAUGCAGUCACGAAGGAAGCAGCCGGCGAUGUGGUGGACAGGGGGACCUCCUUUCUGGUUCUCUUGGAGUCUUAGCGCACUGGGCAUUUCUUGCUGGAGCAGAAAAAACAAAUGGUCAAAAUCCCUUUCUAGUGGCUGCAUUUGGAGCUUGCUCUCUUACAAGGCAGUCUAACCACCAAGCCUUUCAAAAAUUUGGACGUUCAAUGACUGCCUCUGACAUGGUUUCAGAAGUUGGAACAGCUUUUAGCAAACUUUUUGAAACCUGAAGCCAAAGCAGCAGAGAAGAAGAAAAGGAAGAACAAUGACUGCAAGAGUAAUUACAUUUACCGUAGAAUUUACAUAAGUAAUGCACCCUUUCAAGUGCUGUAGCAGCAUUGGUAUGCUAGGUAGAUUUUUUUUUUUAUUUUUAAGAAUAGAAAAAUAUGAUUAAUGUAGAUAUUUUUUAAGAGUUUGGAAUACAAAAAUGUUUUGGCUGAAAUAAGCUGUAGUUGCAGAUCUGUUAUAAUAUAAUAAAACUAAACUGAAAGUAUUCCUCUGUUCUUUUUGAUAGUUAUUGAGCAAUAACUAAAGUGUGAACAGCAAAAAAAAAAAAAUAAAAUGCACUUGAUACUUAGAUAAAAUUCUUCCACCAGCUCAACUGAAUUUCUUGGAUUGCACCAAGGUUGUCGUAUUUUCAUUCUUAGACCCUCUGUCUAGAAUUAGCUAUUGCACUUCAUUUUUUGCCAUGCUAGUAUAUUAAGAAGCAAAAAGUAAGCCUCUUUGGAAAGGGAAUGCAUGAGAGUUGCUGUAGAUUUUGAAUGUAUUUAGUUGCCUUUUCCCAUUCCUGGUCCCAGAGGCAGCGCUGAUUUUAACAAGACACCCCUUCCUCCAAGGUGGUGGUGUUUUUUGGUUGUGUUUUUUGUUUUUUUUUUUUUGUAAAAGGUUCCCCCAUUGCAGAAAAUAAGGAUAUACUGUAGAUAGCUUAGCAUUAAAGAGUAAUUACACUUACCUGAAAAAAAAUUUCUAUUCCUUUAGCUGACCUUGACUUUAGGCCUCAGUAUGAUGAAUUUUGUGAAAUUAUCAUUUGGAGAGAUACUAGGCAGGGUAAGAAACUUAGUGAUACCUAACCAAACUUGUCAAAUUAGCAGUGAUCAUGGAAGAGUUAAGUGUUUUAAAACUCAAAUUGCCUGCUGAGUUAGAGAAGAUCAGCAUACAGAGCCAUAGGUGGCUAGCUGUUAACCAGCAGGAAUAUAAACUGCAGGAACAAAAGGCAGCCAACAGCACGUACCUGUACCCUCUUCGUACACUGCAAGGCAAAGGCAGGCAUAGAAAUAUGGUGGUUGGUCUUUGAGCUCCCAGUGCAGCACCUGGCUUUAGGAGCUUUUCCCUUGAUCCUUAGCAAGACAGACAGGACUUCUGCUGUUAGGGCCAUACCCGUCUGUCUUCUUGGCAGGACAGGUGAGUGCUGGGUUCAGCAGGGAAGUGGUGUGGUAUUUUGCACAGUAUCAUUUCUUAAAUUGUUGGAAAUUCAGUCAGAGUUUGUAGGGAUUGAACUGUUGCAGAGAGAGGGGCAAGUUCAUGCAAAGUGCAUUUAAGUGGGUACUGCCUUUAAACCUACAAUGUAGCUCCAAGUGUAUAUACUCAUUAAAGCGCAGGAACAGCAUAUAGUGUGAUACAGUAGAUGUUAGUUAUUGCAGGGACUCUUUCCCAGUGAUUGAGCUCUAGACUGGAAUAUGGCAUCAUGCAUAUACCAGUCAGGGUGCAUUCUUGUACCUUGCAAUAGCUGCCCACAGAAAGCACCUGCAAU